CAAGUUGUCGCCUUGGUUCAGAGUCAACCAGCUUUCAAAUCACUUUUGGAAUUCGCCUGCAAUGAUUUAUAUCUCGAUGCUGCCUACUACUUCAAUUUAUUGGCCGGUAUCUUUGGAUUCUCAGAAGUUCACAAUGAAACUCAUGUCGCUGCUCGUACCGCUGGAUUCCGUGGUCUCUUGCUCGACAUCCUUGAGCUUCUUCCAACUGAUGAACUUAAGGCUCUUUUAGACCAGAAGUUGAAAACCGAUUACUAUCUCCAAGUGGCUUUCCAGAAAAUCAAUUCGGAUGAAUUUGGUAGUAUAAUUGAAGCUCUUCAGGGAGAUGCUGCUUAUAACAACAUGAAGAAUCGCCUCCGUGGAUUGGGUGUUGAUGUUGAUUUCAUUAUUGAGACAAUCAGUAAGAUAUUUAAGCCUUAGUCUUUUUCGUUGAAGAAAAAUAUA